AUGCGAUCUGUGAGCAUCCUGAGACAGCUGAGCAGGGAGAACGCAUACGAGUUCAAUUUCGUACGCGCUGAGUGCUUCCAGCACAAGAAGCACAUGUGCCUGGUGUUCAAGAUGCUGGGGCAGAACCUCUACGACUUCCUGAAGGGCAGCAUGUUCAGCCCGCUACUGUUGAAGUGCGUCCGGCCCGUGCUGCAGCAGGUCGCAACGGUGCUCAUGAAGCUGAAGAGCCUGGGCCUGAUCCACACCGACCUCAAGCCCGAAAACAUCAUGCUGGUGAACCCUGUCAGGCAGCCGUACAGAGUCAAAGUUAUCGACUUCGGCUCGGCUAGCCACGUCUCCGAGGCUGUGUGCUCCAACUACCUGCAGACCAGAUACUACCGGUGAGGGACACGUGCUAAGGCGUGUUAGAAAUAAGUGUGCACUUGUUGCACUCAAGUGUGCUUUAAAGUAGAGCUGCACAUUUUGGCAGUUGCGAUGACCCUGCUACACAUUAAAAUCGCGAUAAGCAUUACAGUUAAGUGGAGCACGAUUGAUUCAUAUUUGAUUUAUAAGUGGUUUAAUUUUAGUGAUUCAUGUGAGUGCUGUUAUUAUAGCAAAAUACCUGAUGAACCCUCUUCAAUGUCUGAGAUUAGUUAGGAUGCUCCGAGUUGCAGGCUUUGGUAAUAUCAGUAUUGUGCAUGUCCAUACAAAACCGCUGUGCAUUGUAGCUAUACCGUUAAUUAACAGUGUCGUUUACUGAGUAACAGCGUUUAACUGCAUUGAUACUCUGUAUUUACUUAAUGGAAAACAUCAUCAUUGUAGUGUCAGUGCAUUUUUGCAUAUAGUUCCAUGUUAUAAUAGUGGGUGUGUAAUGUAAAGUGCUGUGUAGAAGGAAAAAAAAAAAAACCUGGACUCAUCAACAAAACACUAUUUAAACCUUUUACAUUUUCAUGAAUGAAUUCAACACCCUUUGUGUUAAAGCAAUUGCCGCUGAAUCAAAUAUUAGGAACAUGCUCUCCUCACAUGAUGCAGAAAAGCUAGUCCAUGCAUUUAUUACUUCAAGAUUGGACUAUUGAAAUGCCCUACUAUUAGACAUAUUUCAAGUAAAAACAUUGUGUGAAAAUGAAAAUAAGAUGUUGUAACACGUUGGCAAGGAUCACAUUUGCAUGUAAUUUUAACUCUACUUUCACUUCUGUAGAUAAUGAAGCAGGUUUUACAAUAAAGCAAUCGCCUUCUCCACUGUUUCAGGGAAUUGCAAUUUGGUGAGUUCACACAAAAUGUAAUCUAUUUUAGUAGAAGAUGUUUUAAGACAUAUUUCAAGUGAAAAAAAUUGUGCAAGUGAAAAUAAGCUGUUGUAACCGGUUUGCAAAGAGAACAAUUGCAUGUAAUUGCAACUCUGUUCUUUCACUUCUGUAGACAAUGAACAGGGUUUCGGAUCAAUCUAAUCAACUAACCUCUGUUUCAGGGCAACCCAUAGUGUUUACAAAUAAAAUGUAAUGGAGGGAAACAUUUUCUAAGACGUAUUUCAAGUGACAAGAAUGUGUGCACAUGAAUACAAGCUGCCACGUUUGCACUCUGUACAUUAGAAUUAAUUGAAGCUCUAUUCUUUCACUUCUGUGA